UCUCAUGCAGCUCAGCUAUGAUUAGUCAAUAUGACCCAAUAUUGUGGUGGGCUCAUCUAUUUGCUAGGACAUUGGACCAAUCCUUCAAAAAUCUUAAUUAGUCCCCAUUGAAAUUACAAAUUACAAUACAUCACUUUCUUCCUUUUCUCUUUAAUUUAAUUUUCUUUUAAAAGCAAAAUAGAGGCAAAAAAGAGAGAUGUCUGCCGCAGUACAAACAAAUAGUACCCAAAAUAGAAACGACUGAAACAAACCACAUAGAAUAUAUGAAAGAAAAGAACUUUAUUUUGAUUAAUUUAGGCCAGCGGUGGAAAUUGGGAUGGAAAGGAAUAGAAUCUGCUUUCUGGGCAUGGGAGAGUACAACUUGUAGCAGCAUUAUACAUUAAGGAAGAUGAUGGGCCCCUCAAUGCACCAGCCUGCCUGCCUGCCUGCCUGCCUGCAAUGCACCUUUCUUUAUCGGUUUUCCUAACAUGACUUUGAAGUUAAAAGGAGAAUGUUCUGUAGAGAUUAGUGCACGCGAACAUGGGGAAAACAAAUUUAAAAAAGCGGUGAUGGUCACCAUACCCCAUAACAAAUCUGUAAUCGAUUUCAGGAGAUACUCAAAUUAACAUGGUCCCUGCAGACUGGUGUUCUUUUUGACCUACUUUGACUGUAGGUGUGGGUAUCAUUAUUCCCUACUAUCCAAUCAGAGAACAAAGGAGCAUUAAGAGGGUGGUCCUUUGCUUUGUAUAAUAUCAUGAGAAUGAGAUUCCCUACCCUAGUAGCCAUAAUCAUAAUAAUCUUGUGCUCUUCUACUUUACUGUCUCUUCACUUUCAAUCCCUCAUCAUCAGACGAUAUGUGUAUCUGUAAUCUGAUCAAUGUUUCAAUCAGACGUAAAAACAUGGUGGUUAAGACUUUCAGAUCAAAUUUUUUUUCAAGAAAAAUCCCUUUCCUUUACCCUGUUUUACCUUGCAUCAAAUUAAGCUACGACAUUUAGCUAACUUUGGUGCAAAGAAGAUGGAUCAUGGAUGGAUAUUAGUAGUGGCAUUUGAUCGAACACAUGGUAAACAAAUUAAAACAUGAUGGUAACUUAACAAGGAGCCUAAAAGAAUGAGACUUUACAUGAAGGAACAUAUGGGUUUUACCUAGAGGUCAGAUGAAAGGUCUAUCAGAGUCGAGAAGGAAGUGUCUGUAACUUCCAUGUUGUCAGUGCAGUUAGAAAAAUGGGGGGUUUUUGCAGAUUCAGAUUUCAGAUCAGAUUCCUCGUUACAAAUGCAGUGAUACAUGAUAUAUUGAUAUGAUAUAUAUGAAAGCAAGUACUCCUAACAAAAAAGAAAAAGAAAAAGAAAAAUUACAC